GAGCUUCUAGAAAUCGCAACCUUACGUCCCUUUGGAAUAUCCAAGGCAUUAAGGAUGGUGCAGGAUGAAUUCACCCGUUUCAUGUUUCAAGGGGGCUGAAAGAGGAAGCAGGUAAAAGAAAAGACGAGAGGCAGAGUAGCCAAUAUUCAUGAAGGAAUGUUUAAGAGCACUUUGACUUUCGUGGAACUUAUCACAGAGAAUCGGUUACUCUUGAUUACUGCACUCAUCGUUUCUUGGAUAAGUCUCAAACUUUCACAGUUAUUGUUGAUCUAUUUGAAAUACACUGUUGGAGUAUGGUGCUUAUCUAAUCGGAAAACACUUCGUCAGGCUGGUGAAUGGGCAGUUGUCACUGGUGCAUCGUCAGGUAUUGGUGAAGCGUAUGCAGAAGAACUGGCCACAGAAGGUCUCAAUAUCAUGCUUAUCAGUAAUGAUGAGAAACAACUAUCGUCCGUUGCUAAACGAAUCGCAAAUACCUACAAUGUUCAAACACGAAUUGUGGUUGCAGAUUUCACUAAAAAUGAUGUUUAUGAAAUAAUAAGACCUGCUGUUGACCAACUGUCCACAAUUGCUUGUUUAGUUAACAAUGUUGGUAUGGUGUUACCCUUCGAGUUGUUUGCUGGAGAAGUUGAUUCACCGAAUGAAGAAUCAAUCAAAAAUAUCAUUCAUUGUAACAUUUUAUCUACACUGAUAAUGACAAACAUCAUUCUGCCGAAAAUGUUAACACAGAAAGGACCUAAUCCUGGUAUCAUAAACAUUUCAUCUUAUACAGCUUUAAAAGUGAUGCCCUACUUGACAAUUUAUCCUUCAACCAAAGCAUUCAUUAUUCAAUUCUCUAGAUGUCUGGCUGCAGAACAGUAUAGAAAGAAUGUGAUUAUACAAACGAUGUAUCCAUUAUUUGUAUCUACAAAUAUGACCGAUUUAAGAGAAGCCACAUAUUUCACACCAUCUGCUAAAGUCUAUGCUAAAAGUGCAUUGGAUAUGUUUGGUGUUGAACAACAAACCACUGGUUAUUUUCCACAUGAGUUAAAAGCAUUUGUAUACAAUUUAUUGCCAACAUCAUUGUGGGUAAAAAUAAUCGAACGUACGUUCACUCCAAUCAGUAGACAAUCGAAGAAGUUUGACUAACAUGAAUGUUGUUUUUCAACUUUCCUGAGAAACAGUAAAACCUAAAAAUGAACAUUUCGAAAAUUUUACGAAUUUCUUUCCAAUUAGUUAAAUGUAAUGAUAUAAAUCCAUUCUAUACCGUAGUUUCUCAUUAGCUGCUUACAACCAAAUUGUUGUUAA